AUCUGGGGAUGUGCUGAGCUUUGACAGUUGAACCCGGAGGAUGCGUAUCUUAGUUACUAUGAUAUACGGUGUACGGUAUCCCCCAGGUUUAUAUCAGCGUGACUGGAUGGCCUGACAAAUUGCAGUGACGAGGGAGGACAUGCAGACUCUCAAGAAUGACUGGCUUACGGAUAAUAUUAUUUCCUUCUGGGAGGAAUAUCUGGAGAGGGAGUUCCUCGUUCAGUAUAAGACGUCCAAUAUUGUGCUUCUUCGUCCCAGCAUGUCUUUCAUGCUAUUACAGACGCCGAAUCCUCUCUCAUUGCGUGAGGCCUUACCCGACUUCUCUCGUACAACGCAUGUCUUUCUUCCCAUCAACGAUUGCCGGAACGUGACUGAAGCAGAGGGUGGCUCGCACUGGUCGCUUCUACUGAUAUCCAUUGUUGACGGCGUGGCAUUUCACUAUGAUUCGCUGCCUCCGGGGAACUACUGGGAGGCAAGAGCCGUGACGCAGAAAUUUGGCACGCUUCUCAACCGGCCAAUACGGUUUAUUCAUCUGGAAGAUUCCCCCGUACAGGAAAAUGGCAGCGAUUGCGGCGUCUUUGUAUGCCUGAGUAUGCGGCACCUUCUUCUGAAACGACUGUUAACCGCCAAUGCAAAUGAGAAAGUCAGCAUGAGCUUGGGUGGGAGGAAGGUUGAUGCUCGUGCUGGUAGGAAAGAGAUCGCCAAGAUUAUCGAAGGUUUUCGAAAAGAAGGCGAGAGGCGUCGGUCUCUGAGUCCUAUGGGGAAGAAGUCGUCGAGUCCUCCUCGGAUCGAAUGACGCUAGAGUCAGCAGUAACGCGGGCAUGCUACCCAAAUAUUUGAAUAACGAGGGCGCACCGGAGAACAGGCGCAGGUAUAGGUCAACACAAGGGGGCUGAGAAUUGUUGUUUAUGAUUCUACAUGCAUACGAUGAUAUGAAUUUACCAGUCGUAACAGUGCUUUGAAUGGAUGAUACCUUUUUGUUCUCUCAAGGAGUCUUGAAUUGGGACAACAUUUUUCCUGCUCCUGCCUGCUUCUAACGUCUCACACUUUCCUAGGUAUCAGCGGACUAAUGAGCAGGAUAUGCCUGGCUACGACACGCAAAUGACCGUUAGCUACGUCGACAUCUUUGCAGGUUUACAAGCUUCUGUCGGUUGGAUAUAUGAUGCUGGGCUCCUUGAUUAUCUAUGUUCUCCCAUGCCAUCCCAUGUCAAUC